AUGAUUAAUGACAAUCACCAGCCAGCAAUUACUGUUCAACCUGACCUUAGGCAAAGAAAAAUAUUUCCGAAGAUUGAAUAUAAAAUUCAAGGCUUAAAUCCAGACGAGACUUAUGCGAUUAUGUUACGUAUCGAAAGAGUAGACGACAUGAGGUACAAGUUUAGUGCAGGCGACUGGUCGACAAAUGGUAAAGGAGAAUCGCAAACUACACCUCGUAGUAUUCCACAUCAUGACGGUGCUGUCGACAGCGGUAGGGCCUGGAUGAGCAAGACAGUGGCCUUUGACAGGGUCAAAGUUACUAAUAAUCAGCAGGAUAACGAUCCUUUCCAUGUAGUCCUACAAUCAAUGCACAAAUACCUUCCUGUCCUCUACAUAUACCACAUGCCAAACACAGUGAUGUAUGAUUACACGGCGUUCAUCGCGGUGACAGCCUAUCAGAAUAAUGAUGUGACACAGCUGAAGAUCUCACAUAAUCCGUUUGCGAAAGGUUUCCGCGAAGGCUCAGAAAGGGAUCGGAAACGCACAUCGGCUAGCCCUGCGUACAGUGAACCGUCGCCGAAGCGCAUCUCACCGAUGACGUCGGACGUAAAAACGAAAUGUGAACGUCAAGUCGGGAAUCCAUUCAUGCUUCCAUGGACAGCAACAGGAGAUCCGAAUUUAACGAGAAGUGGCGAACAAAUUCCUAUGCAGUGGUAUAAUUAUUACCAGAACCCUUUCUAUUCAUCGUUACCCUACUAUUGCUCCUACAUGCCAAACUGUUACUCAACGCCAACUCCAGAGUGUUAA